CAAAAUCUAUCCCGGCCCACGAACGGCGCGCAUCACCGCGGCGGGGGGUUCCCGACUUGCCGGUGGAGGAGACGCCACCGGCAGAGUAUAGCGGACGCCCCCCCCCCCCCAAGUUCCCACGAGAUCCCGACUCGGACGAAGCUCUCCUCGCCGGCCACCGUCGCGGCAGCUUGCUACGCACAGGGAGUCUGCGGCGCGCGAGGAAUACAGCGAGGGAUGGGGUGGGGCACAGUGGUUUACGAGGGCGCGGUCGUCGGCUCGUCGCUGGUGGGGCUCGGCUGGGCGGGGCUGUGGUUCCUGAACCGGCGGCUGUACAAGGAGUACGAGGAGCGGCGGGUGCUGGUGCAGAUCCUCUUCGGCCUCGUCUUUGCCUUCUCCUGCAACCUCUUCGAGCUCGUUCUCUUCGAGAUCCUGCCCGUCCUCUCCAAGCACGCGCGCUUCCUCAACUGGCACCUCGACCUCUUCUGCCUCAUCCUCCUCCUCGUCUUCGUACUCCCCUACUACCACUGCUAUCUUCUGCUCCGUAACUCAGGGAUGAGGAGGGACCGGGCGUGGCUCGUCGCGGCGCUCUUUCUGCUGGUCUUCCUAUACGGGUUCUGGCGCAUGGGGAUUCACUUCCCCAUGCCUUCACCGGAGAAGGGUUUCUUUACGAUGCCGCAGUUGGUCAGUAGGAUUGGGGUGAUUGGAGUUAGUGUCAUGGCUGUUCUUUCUGGUUUUGGUGCCGUCAAUCUGCCAUACAGUUAUCUGUCGCUAUUCAUCAGGGAAAUUGAUGAAACAGACAUCAAAACCUUGGAACGCCAGUUGAUGCAAUCCAUCGAGACAUGUACUGCUAAGAAGAAGAAAAUUAUUUUGUCCCAGAUGGAGAUGGAGAGGAUUCAAGGAUCAGAGGAGAAGUUAAAGGCCAGAUCGUUUCUGAAGCGUAUAGUGGGAACAGUUGUUAGAUCUGUGCAGGAAGAUCAAACUGAGCAGGAUAUAAAAAACUUAGAAGCAGAAGUCCAGGCACUGGAAGAGCUUUCCAAACAGCUGUUUCUUGAGAUAUAUGAACUUCGUCAAGCUAAGAUAGCUGCUGCGUAUUCUCGAACUUGGAGAGGUCAUCUUCAGAAUCUACUUGGAUAUGCUUUAUCAGUCUAUUGUGUUUAUAAGAUGCUCAAGUCCUUGCAGAGUGUAGUCUUUAAGGAGUCAGGCUCUGUUGAUCCUGUAACAAUGUCAAUAACGAUUUUCCUGAGACAUUUUGACAUUGGCAUUGAUGUUGCACUGUUAUCUCAGUACAUAUCUUUGAUGUUCAUCGGGAUGUUGGUUGUCAUAUCUGUUCGAGGUUUCCUGGCAAAUGUUAUGAAGUUCUUCUUCGCUGUUUCUAGAGUUGGGAGUGGGUCGACAACCAAUGUUGUCCUUUUCCUAUCAGAGAUCAUGGGAAUGUACUUCAUAUCUUCCAUUCUUCUUAUAAGAAAAAGCCUGGCAAAUGAAUAUAGGGUGAUCAUUACUGAUGUCUUGGGUGGUGAUAUCCAAUUUGACUUCUACCAUCGCUGGUUUGAUGCUAUAUUUGUGGCUAGUGCGUUCCUCUCCUUGCUUCUUAUAUCUGCCCAAUACACCACCAGGCAAACAGACAAGCAUCCGAUUGAUUGAUGCAUCUUGCCCACAAUGUGUGCAUGUUGUCUUUUUAACCAGUAUUCAUCCAAGGUUGACCCAUUCUUUGUACCACAGUUUUCCAGAGCACUGUUUCUCCAUACACUUCCAUACACAGUUACAAAACAUAAUACCGGCUAUCUGAGUCACGUCUGGUGAUGCAGUGACGGGACACGGGAUUCAUUGUAAUGCAGUCUGCACGAUACUACUUUUUGACUAGGACAAUUGUGGAAGCCCAUAUUAGGAAUUGAUUAUGACUUUGUAAAAUAGCUUGAAACUAGUGUCGUAGCACCGUAGCACGGUAUGUUGGUGUAUCUUAUAUAUUUUUUUGGCUGUUUCAUGUAUAACACACUUCGCGACAACUCUGAAUGGUAGAUAGAUCUGUUUCUUCAUGUGACUUCAGGAUGACAACUAUAUACCUGAAUCCUUAUAGGUACGUACUUUGCAAUCCGUAAGCAUAUGCUCUUA